AUGCCCCUCUGGCAAAUCUACCACCCACCCGGCACGUUCGAAGACAAUGCCUCAAAGCAAGCCUUCGUCAAAGACAUCACCGAAAUGUAUACCUCCAACGGCCUACCUGCAUUCUACGUGGUGGUCCAUUUCUACAAGAUGGACAACAGCAACGUUUACCUGGGCGGGAAAUCGGUGACCGAGAACGAGAAACCAUUCGUGCGAGUUGUCAUCACACACAUCGCCGUCCACCUGCCAGAUUCAGAUGCCGUUUAUCUUCGAACUGGCUCCCGCCUUGACAAGAUUAUGAAGCCUCAUAUCUUGGACAAGGGAUACGAUCUUGAGUACCAUGUUGAAGAAACGGAGCGGCGACUUUGGAAGAUUAAUGGUCUGAUUCCGCCACCAUGGAAGAGUGCCGAGGAGCAGCUUUGGGUGAAGGAGAACAAGCCCUUUCCUUAUGAGGGUGCAUAUCCCCCUGGAUCUGGACAGGCUGCGGUGUGA